CUCUAUAAGUUUUCAUUAGUUUUAUAAUUUUUUAGAUUUUUAAAAGAUAUAUUCCAUGGAAGGAAGAUUAAAAUCAGCUUGUGUAAUUGGUGGCACUGGAUUUAUGGCAUCUUUGCUUGUUAAGCUUUUGCUUGAGAAAGGCUACACUGUUAAUACAACUGUCCGCGAUCUUGGAAAUCAUAAGAAGAUUUCUCACCUAUUAGCAUUACAUGAGUUGGGAAAAUUGAGAAUAUUUCAAGCUGAUUUAACAGAUGAAACAAGCUUUGAUAUCCCUAUAAAUGGAUGUGACAUUGUCUUCCAUGUUGCAACACCAAUUAAUUUUGCUUCUCAAGAUCCAGAGAAUGAUAUGAUAAAUCCAGCAAUACAAGGAGUAGUGAAUGUCCUAAAAGCAUGUGUCAAAUCAAAAACAGUUAAAAAGGUAGUAUUGACCUCAUCAGCUGCUGCUGUGACAAUCAACCAACUUAGUGGCACAGGUCUAGUCAUGGAUGAGUCUAAUUGGACAGAUGUUGAGUUCUUGACUUCAACAAAACCACCUACUUGGGGGUACCUUGUCUCAAAAACAUUAGCUGAAAAGGAAGCUUGGAAAUUUGCUGAGGAAAAUAACAUUAAACUUAUCACUAUAAUUCCAUCUCUCCUGGCUGGUCCUUACUUUACUCCAGAAACUCCAAGUAGUGUUGAUCUUGCCAUGUCCUUAAUCACAGGGGAUGAAUUUCUUAUAAGUAACUUGAAGGGGAUGCAGAUGUUAUCAGGUUCAAUAUCUAUUACACAUGUAGAGGAUGUUUGUCGAGCCCAUAUUUUUGUUGCUGAGAAAGAAUCAGCUUCUGGAAGGUAUAUAUGCUCUGCAGUCAACACCAGUGUGAUAGAGCUUGCAAGUUUCUUGAAGAAAAGAUAUCCAACUCUAUAUGUUCCGACUGAUUUCCGAGAAUUCCCACCUAAAGCCAAGUUGAUCAUCUCGUCAGAGAAACUCAUCAAAGAGGGAUUCAGUUUUAAGUAUGGGAUUGAAGAGAUUUAUGAUCAGUGUGUUGCUUGUUUUAAACAUAAGGGGUUAUUGAAGAUCUAAACAAUUUACUGAUGAAUCUUUGUGGCAAAGAGCAGCACUAUUCUAUCGAUAUGUGUAAUGAAUAAGCAAGACUUAAUGUGAUACAGAAGAAGCAACAUUUAAUAAAUAAAAUAACUCUAGUUUGGUGAUCUAUCAUUAAGAAAUAACUUUAUUUUCGACUUUGUACUCGAACACAUAAAUGCAUACUCUUGCUUAGAACUGAACUCUGUUUUGCUUCAUAUUAAAAAAGUUUCGGAAAUUGAGGCUAUUUCCCAGCCUUUAUGCUCUGUCCCUUGUCAUAUUCCUUAAAGGUCAGAGUUAGAAGUCAUGUGCAAGUGAGGGAAUUCAUAGGGAGACUGGAGACUUCUCUUUCCUACUUCCUGGGGACUCUAGAUUUAUCAUUUCCGGUCUUCUUGUUGUUGUUGCUCCUUUCUGCUACUUUAUUGAUCUCUUUUCUCUAUUACAGAAUAUUUUUCUCCCUUUUUAGUAUGUUACUGAAACAAUUGAUAAUGCUAUUAAAUCUGAAAUUGGUUUCGCAAUUGGAGCUAUCUUUCAUUCAACUUAUUGAAAUAGAACUAAGAUUUCUAUACAAAAGCCUAAAAAGUACUAGAGAGGGUAUGUUUUAGUUGGGAACCUUAUAUCACAAGACCAUUAAACCAACAUCAAGUGAAGUCAUUAAGUCGACCAAAAAUUCACGCACAAAAGGCUGAGCAAAGUAUAAAUUCAUUUAACAUCCAAAACAAGAA